AUGUAUUGUCACAAUAUAAAUCUCUCUGUUAAGCCUUCAUCCGACGACGACGAAGAGAAUACCAACAUGCGCCGGGUGUUUUAUUCAGAUACGGAGUGUGAAGUUCUUGCGCAAUGUUACAUCGAUAUUAGCAUCGAUUCAGUUGUUGGAAACGAGCAAAAGAUGGACAAAAUGUGGAAACGCAUUGCGAAAGCCUACAAUGAAAAUCGCCCUGCCAACACUCCACACAGUAAGUUUAAACAGCUGAAGGCUCAUUUCUACAAGAUGCAGAAACAGGUGAAAUGGUUUUCUGAAUGUUACAAUAGGAUUGCAAGCAUCUGGAAAAGCGGUGCAAAUGAUGCUGAUAUUAUGAAGAUGGCACAAACAGAAUACAAGCAGCAUCACGAAGUUCCCAAGUUUGCCGAGGUGCAAGGAAAUGUUCAAGCAUCCAAGAGAACCAAAAAUACAGAAGGAGACGCCUACACAUCAUCUUCUACAGCUGAAGAAACUCCCACGAGUAGCCCAAUGGGGCAUAAAGCGGCAAAGAGAAAGGAGAAGGGGAAGGGGAAGGGGAAAAAAGAUGACCUCAAUGCACUGCGUGAAGUUGCAAAAGAGCAUGAAACCAAUGCAGCAAAAUACAUACGUAUAAUGGAAGAAAAUACGCUUAUAAAAAAAUGA